AGCAAGGCACCACUGUGAUGUUGUUUAUAAAACAUUUUUUUGUAUUUCAGAGUAGAAUGUCUCUGUUUCGUAAACCGAAAAAGAUUGUUCGUAGCCGAGCUCCGGUGGGACAGGAGGAGGACAGCGGAGAGGACGAGGUGGAGGUUCUCCAGGUUAACAUCACCAACCUCAAGAAGGAAAAGAAGGAUAAGAAGAAGAAGAAAGAAAAGGAUAAAGAGAAGGAAAGAGGAGAUAAGAAAACCCUGCUCAGUUUCGAAGAAGAAGGAGAGGUUGAAGAGUUUAAGAUAAAGAAAAGUUCUGCUUCAAGAAAACUGAUGAAACAGAAGAAAGAAGGACGAAGAGAAUUAUCUCCAAGCCCUGAGAAGGAGAACGGGAAGGAGAAGGAAGAGAAGAAGAAGGUGAUGGUCGGGAUGAAGGUGAUGGACGACGAUGCAGAUGUUCCAAUCAAGGAGAAGAAAGGUAUGAGCUGGACCCUGUCUGGACGUGAAGCUGAAGCCCUGCAUGCUGAGGAGGAUGAUGCUGAUGAUCCUGCAGAAUCUGAUGACGAGGAUCCUCUCCUCAAGAUCAUCCAAAGUGGAGGAAUACCAGAUGCCGCGUCAAUUCACGCUGCGCGCAAACGGCGUGAAGCCAUGCGCGCAAAGGGAGGUAAAGACGACUUCCUACCUCUGAAACCACACAAGAAGAAGGUGGAAGAAGUGAAGAAGGAAGGGAAAAGACUGGUGAGGGAAGAAGAUGAAGAAGAAGAAGAGGAUGAAGAGAGAAUAGCAUUUACUGUAGGAAAGGACAAAGAAGAAUAUCAUAGAAAAAUUGGUAAAGCGGAUAGUUCUGAAGAUGAAGAGGGUUGGGAGCAGAUGCAGAUCAGGAAAGCCAUCACGGGAACCAAAAUAUCAGAAGCACAGGAAGAUGUAAAUGGAGAGGGUUGGUUUUCAGCCUCAACUCAAUCCCAGCAAAUGACCUCCGGCGCACCUCAGCCCGCGCUAGCCAGACCGGUCAACUAUGAUCUGAAAGGUAUCCGAGACAGGAUGAAACAAAGGUGUACCGAGUUGACGGAGGUAUCCCGACGACACAAUGCAGAUACAGACAAAGCAGUAGACGAUCUUGUUACCAGCCAAUCAGAAAUUACUAGAUUGGAAGCUGAGAUACCGCGGCUAGCUGCCCGGCAUAGGAUGUUCCAGCAGCUUCGAGGAUACUUGACUGAUCUUGUUGACUGUAACCCAUUAUUGGAAGCUGAGAUACCGCGGCUAGCUGCCCGGCAUAGAAUGUUCCAGCAGCUUCGAGGAUACUUGACUGAUCUUGUUGACUGCUAUGACGAGAAGGUUGGAACCAUUGAGUACAUGGAGUCCAGGUUGAAUAAGAUGUACGAGGAGCACAGGGGCAAACUCAGGGAGCGAAGGAGACAGGACGUUAAGGACCAGGCGGAAUGGUUGCACGCCUCCUCCGCCACAAAUAUCGCCGUAAUCUUCGAUCCAGUUCAAGACGCAGUUAGGGAUUUCCGAGUGGCGGAGCGCGAGGGUCGACAGCGGCGGAGAAGGAAGGCCCGGCAGGACAAGAAUAUAAUGCGGCAUUGUGAAGGACUGAGCAGUGAUGAUGAAUUGCCGGGACAAGACCAGGCAGCAUUGACCAGGGUGAAGAGUGAUGUAGAAAACCAGGCUCGACUAACUAUGGAGGACGUUAUAGAGGACUUUUCCGACCUUUCCGUUGUCCAGGAUAAACUAUCUGGUUGGAGAAAUGAUGAUGUAGAAAGCUAUAAGUCUGCCUACGUAUCUCUAGUUCUACCUAAAAUCUUCUCACCUCUGAUCAGAAUGGAAAUACUGUUCUGGAAUCCAUUUCUAAGUGAUGAAGAAAUACAAGAAAUGGGUUGGUAUAAAACUCUGGCAACAUACGGGUUAAACAGAGAAACAGAUGAUCUGUCCAUUGCUAUCCGCAGUCUUAAAAUUGCCGAACUCAAAACAGGGGGAAAUAAAAAAGGUGAAGAUAUUGCUGGGUUGGUAAAGGAUGCUGAUAGAAACCUACUUUCUCUCUGUAUAGAGAAGGUUAUUGUUCCUAAGAUUUCCGAAAUAAUUCGAACCGGUUUUGAUCCUGUUUCUACCAGUCAAACAAACAGAGUUAUCGGUGUACUGUCCCGAUUAGUACGUGAUUAUCCAACACUAACAAUGCGAAGUAAACAUCUCCGUCUCUGUUUCUCCAACGUGACAGAACUAAUAAAGGACUGCUUAGAUCAGGACGUAUAUAUACCUAUGUACAGCAAGGUUCAAAUGGAAAAUACUAGCUCUCCGUAUCUAAUUUUCUUCCAGAGACAAUUCUACGCAGCUCUCAAACUUUUCAAGAAUAUACUAGCUUGGCAGGGAAUAUUAUCGGAGAAUAUGAUAACUGAGUUGGCUGUGGACAGUUUGUUAAACAGAUAUCUUCUUCUAUCUUUAAGGAAAAUAUUGGUCAAAUAUCUUGUUUUUCUUUUAAGAAAUUAUUUUUUGAACAAAAUUCAUCCUUCUGAAAUAAACUAAAUCCAUUAUCUGAGA